AUGCAGGCCGUCAAAACUCCUCGCAAACGCUGCGCAGUGUGCGUAAAAAAUGGCCACCAGAUUUUGUUCUUGUCUAUUCCAAAGCCCGUCGAUCCACCCGCUCCAAUUGAAUUAGAGCCACUGAUGUUUUUUGAAGACACUUCUCCAUCAGAAACGCCUUGCAUGAAGAAAAUUGUGGCAAAUGGGACGAACAAAUGGGAGGGCGGCUGGGUCGUGGUACCGUUGGUCGUUAAUGGCAACGGGGAGAUGGAGCGGUGCCGAGGCUUUGGCAAGGGUGAAUUUUCAAGUUUUAGAGAGGCGUACGAUUUUUGCGGUCCUUUUGAAUCUCUUGCAGAGUACCCGGCUAUGUUUGGUUGCAUUCUUCUGGACACAAUCUACCUUUUGGUUGCGACAAGGGUGGAGCUGAUUGCCCUUUUGCCAUUUGGUGGCGUCAUUCAUCGUGUUUUAGGGACGGAAUGGAUUCCCCUAUUUAUCCCAGGGUCAGUACCGCUACGUCUCUCGACGACUGAUAGGAGCCGGUUGAAAGAAUUUCAGCAGUACUCGUAUGAGAGGGGGUAUUUUUACUCUGACGACUGCGACCUUAUUUACCCAUUUCCCUUUUUACCAAAUUCUGCCGGUGAGGCGCCCGCGUUUCACUGCGACUGGUCGGAGCAACUGCGGCAACCGUUUUGUCUUCAUGGCCUUUCUGCAGGCUGCUCCGUUCUUAUUCGGGGCUUUGCGGAAGAAAAGGUUGUGCAACUAAAAAAUGGAUCUGUGCUUCACAUGCUGCUUUUGGGUCGUCAGAACAAUCUAAACCCCGGGCCGCGGUACCUGGGUCGGGGUCUGAAUGGAAAUAACGCCGCGGGAAACGAUCAUUUUUAUGAAUAUAUUAUGUGGAGGCCGAAUAGAGAGGAUGACUCUAUCUCCUUUGCGCGCCACACAAUACUCCGAGGGACAAUCCCUGUGCAUUGGUCGACACAAAUUCAUCGCACCAUGGUGGAGCCCUCAAUGAUAUUUAGCCAAAACGAAGAAGAGGUCGUGCGAGGGUGCGAUGUAUAUUUUGAAUUUCUCUUUCGUCAGUUAGUAUCUCUUAUAAAGUACGACACGGGGACUGCUUCUUCGGAUGCUCCUGCUGCUCUAGCUCCUGAGGUACGUUGUAUGAGUUUGCUUCGGCAGAACCCUCAGAGUGGCGAGGGUGUUUUGGCCCGAUACUUUUUGGAUGCAGUAAGGAAAUCCGAUGCCCUGCUACGGCGACUUUUUAACGAUGCCAAACUUGACCUUGUGCACAUUGAUUGGCUGAAUCUAGUCAAGGAUUAUGGCGUUGAUGUGGCCACCAAGAUUUUUUGGGAAUCGGCCUUUGAGUUUUUGGCUCCACAAAAGGACGAUGCUGUUGCCACAGUGGGCCUGUUGCGGCGGGAUGGACGUAUCACGCGGAGGAACUGUCAACGACGUUUCUUGCGUGUGAAUUGCGCGGAUUCAUUAGACAGGACAAACCUUGGAUGCUUUUUCACAUGCUUUCAGGCGUCCAUAUCGAUGCUAAAUUCGAUUGGAAUCGAAUUUAGUCAAUUCGUGGAUCAAAGGCCUUUGCCCCCACUAGAGGGACAGGAGGACCUCAGUCAGAGCGGACUUUCUUCCCUUUCCAUGGGAGGAAACAAGAAGACAAUUUCUCCACCGUUUGUAAAAAGCUGGUUUGAGGCCCGUAAUCCGUCAUUAUCUCCUGUAGCGGUUGGCCGAGCCUUAUCUGAACUAUAUGUGUACAAUGGAGAUAUUGUCGCACAGUUGUAUACAAGUUCCGCUGCAAUGCACAGCAAUCUGUUGCGAAACAUUUGUGGUUUACGGUCCACGGCGUCUAACAUGGUGAUAGCAACCCAGCGACGUUUUGAAAAUGUGUUUGAAGAUCGAAGCAAAUUUAGGAACCUUGAGCUGUUAUUAGGGAGAAACAAAGAUAUACACUUUCCUUCGAUGAACCAGGCCUUUCUUACGCGUCCUGUACCACUCCAGUAUUGGAGUUGUGCACUGGUGGCGUUGGGUGUUCCUCUAUCUGUCUCUACUGCCGAUUUGGCGGGGGCAGUGCAACGGGCAUUGGAAGAGAUUUUUUCACUGACACUGCCGUCUGAUCAACUUUCACGUCAUUCAAGUUUUGCAUUGGGCUUUUGCAUAUCUCUGGCGGAGGACGAGGUUGCAUCCCACAAGGAAUUUGUAACUGCAGUGAGUCAAGUGACUUUUGAGCAGCCGCCUCCCAUGACAGAGGAGGAAGGAAAUGUCAUUCAGGACAAUGAACGAAUUGCCGUCAUUGAGUUUGACCAUGACCGUUUUGACGCAACCAGUGUUCAAAGGUUUCUUCGGGAGAGAGAAAUACUAAGGGUGCAAAACUGCGCCGUGACGCUUUUUCCAUACGCUUACCCUUUUCAGGGAGCCGGUGGGGAUUCUUCAGGCCUCGUUCAAAAGGCUGCAAAUUCCUUGCGAAGUGGCCUCAAGAAUUUUGUGAGAGGGCUCAAUAAGUAA